UCCCCGUCACUACGCAUGCGUCGCACCGUGCGGCUGGCCAACGCCCACGGCACAACGCAUGCGCAUAGGGACGUAGCGGCGUCGGCGCAUGCGCACAGCGGUAGUACGGGCGGGAGCACCGGUGGCGGCGGCGGCAUGCAGGCGGCCUUGGAAAUCACGGCACGUUACUGCCGCAACGAGAUGGACCAGUACGGGCGGUGCGUGGCCGCCAGCCCGGCCUCUUGGCAGCGCGACUGUCACGGGCUCCGCCUCAGCAUGUCCCGUUGCGCCGCCGCUCACCCGAUCGUGCAGCAGAUCCGCCAGGACUGCGCGGAGCCGUUCGCCGCCUUCGAGCAGUGUCUGAAGGAGAACCAAGCCUCCGUCAUGAACUGCAGCGAGCAUGUCAACGCCUUCCUGCUCUGCGCUGACCGGGUGAAGCUCUCCACGUGAGGGGAACCUUGGAAUUAAAAUUCAUCUUCAGGAGUGAAGGAAAAAUCUUUCUGUACUCUGGAGUAUCGUUCCAAUGCUUGGUUGGGUUGGUUUUUCCCCUCUGAAAAACGAAGCGCAGCCCCGCGAUGUGGUUUGCUUGGUUCUGGUCAUGCUACGCUUGUCUCCAGCAGAGAGCUGGAUUCUGACCGGGGUGUCGGAGCGUUCCUGAUCCGUCGGCACUUGUGUGCUGAUAACGCUGGGUUUUGGCUGCUGAGUUGCCUCUAAAAACUUUUUAUCAGUAAAUAAAUCACAGAACUGUGUUGAAGCGACACCAAAGGAUCAGCAGCAGCCUGCAGAUGUGCUUGAAUAAGAACUGAAAGCUUAAAAUCAGCCCCUACCUCUUUUUCUGCGGUCUGUAUUCUUCAAGAGUUCCUUUGAUAAUUAAGCAAAAAAUUUUCCUUCGUCCCAAUAAAAAAAAAACCCAACA